AUGACACUAAAUUUUGCACCAAAAAGUAUGUUCAUAAUCAAAGAUCCACUAAAAUCAGCUUCUUUAAUCUCUGCUGCAUGGUUAGCAAUUCAUAGUGGAUUCAACCAACAACGUUUGACCUAUAGCUUGGUUCAUCAUUCAACUCUUUUUAGCUCAAGAAACUUCGAAUGGCAUAGCCUGAAACUCUUUCGCCAUGCCCAAUUCAACGGUUUCUCUGAUGGAGCCGAGGUUCAUCCAUUCGAUGAUGCCAAUACCAAUGCCAAUGAUGAACAAAGAAUGGAUUCUUCAUUGCCAGUUGAGUUACUUGACCCUAAUUUGCUCGGAAUAUGGCCGGAUUGGCCUGAAAAAGACAAGGUUUGCCGGAUUAGUAUCGAGCAGAAAGCGAACAGUUUCGGUAUUCCCCAUUCGUUGCAGAUGAUAAAGCGGAAGCAAAGAUGGAAAGAAGGGUUUGUUGAUGCAGGGGAGUUUGCAUAUUGCUCUGUUAAAAAGGCUUUUUCUUCACUUGUGUUGAUCAUUAGAGAGCUUCAAAGUUACACAUUGGUUAUAAAGGAAGGAUUAAAUUGUGAAGAUUUAAUAGAUCUUAUGAAUAAAAUGCAAAGGGACAUGACAAUAACAUUUGUGUGGCUAUUUCAACAAGUGUUUUCCACAACACCUACUCUUAUGGUUUAUGUGAUGCUCCUUUUGGCUAAUUAUUCGGUCCAUUCGAUGACUAACAAGGCCUUCAUCGGCGUUUUCCAAUACCCGAGACUCUACGAGAAUGUGGUCGUGGCGGAGACCGAUGAAUUAGGGUUAUGGAAAUCAAUGGUGGCUGAAGCUUCAAGGAUGCAAGGAGGGGUAUAUUAUAAGGUAAUGGUGUCUCCUCUAAACAUGCGGUUGAAACUAGAUGAUAACCAUGGGAUGCGUUUGAGAAUGAACCUCAUUUAUCAGAUGCGUAUCGCCGAGGAGCCGUAUAAUCCUUUUUUGCUCUCGAAUUAUGCUCAGUUUCUUUCCUUCGUUAUCAAGAACCAUGAUAGGGCGGAGGAAUACUUCAAACGUGCGGUUCGGGUUGAACCGCAAGAGGUGGAGGCAUUAGAGCUAUACGCGGAGUUCUUAUGGAAGGUGAGGAACAACCUCCCUGAGGCCGAAGAAUGGUACUUACAAGCAACCGCCGUUGAUAUAGAAAACCCUUUUUGUGCAUCGAAGUAUGCUAAUUUCCUACGGAGCACUGGUGGUGAAGAAACUUGUUAUCCUCUUAGAUAG